GCUAAAGCGACGUGUCCUUGUCCCCCCGUGGGCAGCCUCUGCGCGUGUGGCUUCGGAUCCCCAGUUUGAAGGACCUCUCCCCCAGCCACCGCCUCCUGGGGAAACCAGCCUGGAGCUAUGAAGACCAAAAACCGGCCCCCUCGGCGCCGGGCAGCCACGCAGGACACAGAAGCCACCCCAGGAGAGCAGACACCCGACAGACCCCAGUCGGGCUCGGGGGGCUCGGAGCUGACAAAGGGUCUUCGGAGUAGGAUCGCCCGUGCAGGUGGGGCCCGGGCAGAGGUCAGCCGCCGGCGACAGGGGUCCGGGGGCCGCCGGGAGAACAGCGUUCAGAGGCGGCUGGAGAGCAAUGAGCGGGAGAGGCAGCGGAUGCACAAACUCAACAACGCCUUCCAGGCACUGCGAGAGGUCAUUCCGCACGUGCGGGCCGACAAGAAGCUCUCCAAGAUUGAGACCCUGACGCUGGCCAAGAACUAUAUCAAGUCGCUGACCGCAACCAUACUCACCAUGUCCAGCAGCCGCCUCCCGGGGCUGGAGGGGCCAGGCCCUGCACCAAGCCCUAAGCUCUACCAGCACUACCACCACCAGCAGCAGCAGCAGCAGGUGGCUGGGGCCACGCUUGGUGUCACAGAGGACCAGCCCCAAGGCCACCUGCAGCGAUACUCAACGCAGAUCCACAGCUUCAGAGAGGGGAGCUAGCGCCCGCCCUGAGCUCCCGGGGUGCCCAGCUCAGCUCUGCUCUGCAACCUUCGCGCCACGAGCCCCAGACUGCUGAUGGCAUUCUUGAGACUGCUUCCGGGAUUUUGUCGUUGGCGGCCCAGGCUGGCCUUGAACUCAUCCUCCACUUUCUCUAGGGCUGGGAUCACAGGCACACCUCCCCACAUGGUGCAAGCGCUCUACCAACUGAGCUACAUCCCCAGUCCAAGGUUGCCUACUGACUCCGUUUUUCUUGAAGGCCAGCUCAGACACCAACAUGUGACAGUUUUUCCUAGCUGCCCAGGGUCAAGGGAGCGAUCUGGGCCUUCUAGGUAUACUGAGGCCAAAGUCUCUGCAGAAUGCCUGCCCCAGACUUAACAGCUUUUUUGACAAAAUAUAUGGGCAGGAUGGGAAAGUUCAUUCUUUUUGUGUGUGGCAGCCAAGGGGUGAUUCCAGGAAAAACUUGACUUACAAAUGUCCCUGCUCUCACUGAGCCCAAGGUACACCCCAUAUUGUGGGGCUACAAGGAAGCUGGACUCAAGGCCCAUCAGGGAAUAUAGCAAAAGCCACAGUGGCGGCUCGUUUUACAUGAGCCAUCUUAGCAGCCCAGAUGCCCUGGGCCCAACUCAACAACUGGAGUUAGAAAGGCCUAGCCAGGCCCCAUCUCAUGGGACUUUAGGUGGCUAAGGGGCUUCUCCCUCUUUCUCUUUCCCAAGUGGAGACUUCUGGAAAAGCUGCAGUGUCCUAGGUUGUGGCUGUCCACAACCUGUGUGGGGACCAGGCAGGGUCUUUGUGAAGAGCACCCUUGAGCCUCUGUACAAGGAUAGACUUGUCCUGGACCUCUUAUAGCCCUCCCCACCCCCUCCCCCAUUCCAAUAGAGGGGUGCGCCACUCUUGCCUUUGCCCCUGAUGUGUGGUUGCCACGUGCUCUUUCACAGGCUGAUGGACUUAGCUCUGGGCACCUAUGGUGUUUUCUGAGGUAGAAGCUCCCUGAGCCGGAGCAUUAAUAACGAGGACUGAGUGCUGGCAACCUUGCUGCCCGAAGCCCAGCUUCCGUCUUUUGGGUGUUCCUGCUCCAAUGGGUCUGCCAGGCUUCAGUACUUUGCUGUCAAUUGCUUUUGGCCUCUUUCCUUCUUCCCUUGUCUUUCUGCCCAGACCCGUCCUGGAGUUCCUUGGGGCCCAGCCCCCCCUUUUAGAGUGACAGAAGUCUCACAGUGUAGCCUAGGCUAACCCUAAACUACACAGCCCAGGCUGGUUUUGCACUUGUGUUUGGUCCAUCCUCCUGCUUCAGACCCCAAGUGAACCCUACCCCAAGUGCUGUGAACACAGGUGCAGGAGGAGAGCCAUGGCACCCCAAGAAAUAGAUAAGAUAGUUACCUUAGGCCUGGGGGUGUUGGUCUCCCCACCCUAGGAGAACUUGAUUGGUACCGCUUUCCAGUUCUGGAGAGCUGGUCUGGUCCUUCACAGAUCGUAGGUCAGGUAGAAACUGAAGGCCUUUGUGUCUGUGAUUUAGGGAUGGUUACUAGUUAAGGUCAGUAGUUAGGGGAUUUGCCAGUGUGAGCUGAGGCCAGGCACAACUCCAGUUGGAAAGAGCUCAGAUAGCUCCCUGACUAUAGGGACCUGCCCCGAGGAACACAAAAGGCCUCUGCUGACAGACAGUCCUACAGACCCAGUGGCUGAUCUCCACAUGAGCCAAGGCCAGAUCUGGGCUCAUUUCAUCCAACCCUGUCUGGAAGCACAGGGAAAGGAGGGGGAAGACAUCCAGCCAAACUUCUGGCCUGGCUGCAGUCUGGCUGGCUCAGGCCCAGGGCUGUCCAGGGUAGCUGCCUGGCAGGACCACAGCCUCAUGGCUCUUUGUGCCCCUCAAGCUCGCACGUGCACCCGCUGCUUCCCAGGGGAUGACCUGGGCCUCGCUGUCCACUUUACUGUUGAUCAGAUCACAGCGGACCUUUCAGGAACCCCAGUCCCAUUGGGAGGCCGGGGGACAAGUCUGUGAUACCAGCAAGGCCUGCCACUCUGUCUCCCUGUCCCAAGCCCAGGCUGGUCUUUUUGAGGUCUCAUGUAGCUUAGGUUGACCUCCAACUUGCUAUGGAGUGAAAUGACAGAAUUCUGCCUCUACCUCUGGUGCUGGGAUCGACUACUCUUCCCACACUCAGUUUAGGCAGUGCUGGGGAUUGAACUCAGGCUUGGAGGGAGCAUCUUUGGCAACAGAUCUACACCCCAUCCUGGUCUCUUUCUGAGUUUACUCAAGCCCCUGGACGAGAGAGAUGGAGCUGCCCCAUCCCCGACCAGGCCACCUGGACUGUGGAGCCGCCAGAUCUAAUCAGCUUCCCAUGGCAGAGAAACGAGAAUUGUGUCCUGCCUGGAAAAGAACAGGCUAUUUUUCCCCAAAUGUUUCCCUCAAAGGACUAAUGAAAUUGCCAGCUAUGUCUUAAGACGGUAAGAUUUCACGGCCACCGUGCUUUGGUCCUGGAGACCUGUGCCUUUUAAUUCAAAUGCCUAAUAAAGAUACGUUAGUCAUGC